UCUCAAUAAACAAAAACAUUCUCUUCGCAACAGAUUUGAAAAAAAAUAAUAAUUAUAAAAACAACGUGAAACUUACUUUAGAAUAUAUACAUAAAUAAAAUGCCAUUAUUCACCAAGAAAAUACCCAAAAUACCCGAUACCAAUACGGCUGUAUAUGACAAUAAUAACGGUACCUUAGCAAAUGGCAAACAGAAUACAAUGAACGGUCACAGUGGUAAAGUUGCCAAUCAAAAUAUGACCGAAUCAAAUGUCACAAAACCACAAUUAGUAUUUCACUGUCAAUUGGCCCAUGGCAGUCCAACAGGUUUAAUAACCGGUUUUGCUAGUGUAAGAGAAUUAUAUAAGAAAAUUGCCGAAUGUUAUGAGAUACCAGCCGAUGAAAUCUUAUUCUGUACACUUAACUCACACAAGGUGGAUAUGUCGAAAUUGCUGGGCGGUCAGAUAGGAUUGGAUGAUUUUAUAUUUGCCCAUCGUAAAGGACAGCCAAAAGAAAUUGAAAUUCUUAAAUCCGAAGAUGCUUUGGGUCUAACAAUUACCGAUAAUGGUGCUGGUUUUGCAUUUAUUAAACGUAUUAAAGAGGGUUCGGUAAUCGAUCGCAUCGAACAUAUAUUGGUGGGAGAUCAUAUAGAGAAAUUAAAUGGUGUUACUAUGGUGGGUAAACGUCAUUAUGAGGUCGCUAGAUUGCUAAAAGAAAUACCCACCGGGUCAACAUUUACCUUGCGUUUGGUGGAGCCCAUGAAGAGUGGUUUCCAGGGUAUAGGACCACGCUCACAAUCACGCAUGCCCUCGGGACGUGGUGGUUAUGGCAGUGGCAAAGAGACCUUACGUUUUAAGGCCAAUGGCAAUGUAGAAAUAGAGGAAAAAUUCGAUGAUUCAACGCAGGCGGGUAUAGAGGCCAUAAAUAAUUUACUCGAAUCAUUUAUGGGCAUCAACGAUACCGAAUUGGCCACCCAAAUCUGGGAUCUGGGUAGUGAUAAAACAAAUUCCAUGGAUUUUGCCGAGGCCAUUGAUAAUUCCGAUUUAGAAUCAUUUGGUUUUACCGAUGAUUUCAUCAUAGAACUUUGGGGUGCUAUAACAGAUGCCAGACGUAAAAAGGCCGCCAAAAAUUUGUAAUAUUUAAAAAAAAUUUAAUAGAAUUAAAAUUGUUGCAAAAAUAUACAUUUAAUAAUUUAUGCUUUUUAAAAGAAAAAAAAAAAUAAAAACAAAACUGUUUAUAUUUAUAGAAAUGAUAAUGCUUAAAGGUAGAGAAAUAAAUGCUUUAGAAAAAUCUUUUCAAAACACUUUCUCAAAAAAAAGACAAAUUAUUAUUAAAGAAAAUGACAAAAUUAUUAUAUAAAAAAAUUGUUUAAACAAUUUGCUCAAUUUAUUUCAAACAAAAUUUACAAAGUUGAGACCUUUUCUCUAACGUUCAAGAAUAUUUGCAAUUAAAUUAAUAAAAU